AUGUUGUCCUCUAAAUUCUCAAACGUUGUCGUCUCAAACUUGGGUUUCAGAUCAUUCCACUCCUCUGCCUUCAGUUUGGCUCAUACUACCAAAUUAUUGAUUAAUGGUAAAUUCGUAGAGUCAAAGACAAAGGAAUGGUUGGAUGUUAGAAAUCCAGCUACUAAUGAAAUCGUUACAAAGGUUCCAUUGGCAACUCAAGAAGAGAUGAAGGCAGCUGUCGAUGCCGCCAAGAAUGCUUUCCCAGCUUGGAGAGACGUUUCAGUCUCCAAUCGUUCACGUAUCAUCGCCAACUACAGAGCUUUGAUCAAUAAGAAUAUGGACAAGAUCGCCGCCAUCAUCACAGAGGAACAAGGUAAGACUCUCCCAGACGCCAAGGGUGACGUCUUCCGUGGUCUCGAAGUCGUCGAGCACGCUUGCAACGUCGCCACCCUCAUGAUGGGUGAGACCGUCGAGAACGUCUCAAAGAACGUCGAUAUCUACUCAUACAACCAACCACUCGGUGUCUGCGCCGGUAUCACCCCAUUCAACUUCCCAGCUAUGAUUCCACUCUGGAUGUUCCCAUUGGCCAUCGCCUGUGGUAACACCUACGUUUUGAAGCCAUCGGAGCGUGUCCCAGGUGCAUCGAUGUACUUGGCCGAACUCGCCAUCGAAGCCGGUGUUCCAGCCGGUGUCUUGAACAUUAUUCACGGUGCAAGAGAUGCCGUCAACUUUAUCUGUGACGAGCCAGCCAUCCGUGCCAUCUCGUUCGUCGGUUCCGGUGAAGCCGGUACCUACAUCCACGCCCGUGGAACCAAGAACGGUAAGCGUGUCCAAUCAAACAUGGCCGCCAAGAAUCACGCCACCAUCUUGCCAGACGCCCACAAGGAGCGUACUCUCGACGCAUUGACCGGUGCCGCUUUCGGUGCUUCCGGUCAACGUUGUAUGGCCCUCUCUGCCGCCGUCUUUGUCGGUGACGCCCAAAACUGGAUUCCAGAGUUGGUCGAGCGUGCCAGAAAGCUAAAGGUUACCUGCGGUGCCGUCGAAGGUGCCGAUCUCGGUCCAGUCAUCUCACCACAAGCCAAGGAGCGUAUCCACACCCUCAUCCAAAGAGGUGUUGACGAGGGUGCCACCUUGCUCUUGGACGGUCGUAACGUCAAGGUCCCAGAGGCCUACUCCAAGGGUAACUUUGUCGGUCCAACCGUGUUGUCCGACGUCACUCCAGAUAUGACCUGUUACAAGGAAGAGAUCUUUGGUCCAGUCUUGGUAUGUUUGAAGGCUGCCACCUUGGACGACGCCAUCAAGCUCAUCAACAACAACCCAUACGGUAACGGUACUGCCAUCUUCACCAGCUCUGGUGCCGCCGCCCGUAAAUACCAAUACGAAAUCGACGUCGGUCAAGUCGGUAUCAAUCUUCCAAUCCCAGUUCCACUCCCAUUCUUCUCUUUCACUGGUUCACGUGCUUCCUUCGUUGGUUCAUCCCAUUUCUACGGAAAGCAAGGUGUCAACUUCUACACCCAAACCAAGACCAUCACCUCCAACUGGAGAGACGACGACAUCUCAACUGGUGUUGCCACUCACAUGCCAAUUUUGGGAAAGAACUAA